AUGAUUUCCAAAAUCAUUGCACUAGUUUUCUUGGCGAUAACAAUCGCAGUUUGCGCCGCGGGUGACGACAUUUGGAAGCCCAAACCCGUGAUCAUACCAAAUUGGAAUCCGAACGCGAAGACCAAACCAUGGCAAUACAUUGGAGGUCGCCGUCCACGCAGCGUAGAGGAGUUGAGGGAAGAGGAGUUUGACAGUUUCCGAACGGUGGAGUCCUUUGACAGUGUAGAACGAUUUAGACGCAGUCCCAAAAGUGUGGAGUCUUUGAACGACCUCGACUCUCGUUCUAUGGAGCGCGUGAAGCGAAGCCCUAAGUCGGUAGAAUCUAUCUAUUGA